CAAGUCAUAUGACAAGAAUUUCUCUUCUUUUUUGGCUACGAAUCACCAAGCUGAGAGAGAGACACCUCCGUAUUCUUUACCAUGAAUCGUCAAGAAAUGUCACGAGGUUCAAACCGGGCAAAGCACUAAGGUGCACUUGACAAGAAACGGGAAUGGAAACAAAAGCAUGGCCACACUUUUGAUGCGUGGCACCUAAUGCUGACCUUUGAAAGCUGGAAGCAUAUUCCUGCAGGCCAAGCCGCAGGUUCUCCCCUGAAUCUGCUUGCCACAGCCACAUCUUCACGACCCUUCUGCAGCACACAAGAGAUGCCGUGGUAUGACCAUCGCGCAGCCAAAAGGGACCUAAUCGUCAGGAUUCAGCAGCCAAGAAACAACGAGGAUACAGGGUUGUUCCCUCGUUUUGCCGCAUCAUCAUCAUCAUCCUUAGUCCCAUGGUUCAGGGAGUUAUCAUGCACAGCUUAGGAAGCACAAUUCUUCUUCUUCUGGUAAUACUAUGUGUGGUGUUGCUGUUAGAAGGGGCAGCAGCUUGCUCAGGCGGGCGAUGCGAGCUCGGCGACCGAUGCUCGUCAGAAGCCGACUGCGGGUCCGAGCUCUACUGCUACAACUGCUGGAUCGAGUUCGCCGGCAAAAGGUGCGUCCGGACGACGGUCGCCGACCCGUUCAAGAUAGCUGAUACAUCGUUGCCGUUCAACAAGUACGCGUUCCUGACGACGCACAACUCGUUCUCGAUCCGCGGCGAGCCGUCCCACACCGGAGUCCCGCGGAUCACGCUUUACAACCAGGACGAUUCGGUCACCGAUCAACUGAAUAACGGAGUCCGGGCGCUGAUGCUGGACGUGUACGACUUCCGCGACGACAUUUGGCUUUGCCACUCAAAGGGAGGGAAGUGCUUCGACUUCACGGCGUUCGAGCCGGCCAUCGGCACCAUGAUGGAGGUCGAGGCGUUCUUGUCGGCGAACCCGUCGGAGAUCGUGACGCUGAUCCUGGAGGACUAUGUCAGCGCUGACCACGGCCUGUCCAAGUUGUUCGACAGCGCGGGCCUGACCAAGUACUGGUUCCCGGUGUCGAGCAUGCCGCGGGACGGCGGCGACUGGCCUCGCGUCCGCGACAUGAUCAGGCGCAACCACCGCCUCCUCGUCUUCACCUCCGACGAGACGAAGCAGCGCGCCGAGGGGAUCGCGUACCAGUGGAACUUCAUGGUCGAAAACCAGUACGGCGAUGGCGGGAUGAGCUCUCGCGCGUGCCACAGGCGCGCCGAGUCCCUGGCCCUCGACAACCGGACGAGGUCGCUGGUCCUGGUGAACUACUUUCACACGGUGCCGCUCCGGGUGACGGCGUGCGUGGAGCACUCGCUGGGGCUCGCGGACGUGCUCCGGGCGUGCCACGCCGCCGCCGCCGACCGCUGGGCCAACUUCCUGGCCGUCGAUUACUACAAGAGAAGCGACGGCGGCGGCGUGUUCGAGGCCACGGACAUGCUCAACGGGAUGCUCAUCUGCGGCCGCGACGACGUGCGCGCGUGCACGAAACGAACUCUGAAGGACGUGCUGUAUGGCCUGCUCGGCAAGGCUGGGCUGAUGCCGGGUCACGGUGGGACGACGAGGACAUGAGAAGUCGUUCGGUUCUUGUUGGUUGUGCUUGUCAUGAACUCAUGUCGCGUGUGCAGCAAUGCGUGAGAGAUUGGAUUGGGUGCCAGGGAGGACGGACAGGACCAGCCUUGCUGCGCUCGUGCACCGGUGCACGCCGGCCGUGAGAGCGCAACUACUGCUGGUGGAUGCUAGUACUCCAUUGUACUGCUGGUACUGACACUGAUAUUGUCGAGAGAGAAAAGUUGUUGCUCCAUGCAGACGUUGGAUAGGUGCGGGUGGGAUCGGGACAUUCGUGGACAUUUGUGGUAUGGUACUGAUACUGCUGGUACUGUCCAGAGAGAAAAGUUGUUGAUUCAUGCAGACUUGUCAUUAGCCAGACUUGUUUAGCAAAAAGUAAAAGAAAAGGUUUUAGAGAAACUAGUAUAAA